CCCCUCCAUAUAAGGACCCUCUUGGCCCUUCCCUUAGGUCAUCUCACAAAGCUUUGCUCUUCUUAAUUAGUCUUCUCUUUUCUUUCAAUCUCUCAACAUAUUUCUCUCUUUCUCUAAAUAUCUACACUAAUAUCAUCAUGGAGAAAAAAACCCUCUUUAGGCUUCUUGUUAUUCUUCUGGGUCUUUCCUACGUUGUUUUUGUUGCUGCUGUUCCUGCAACCAGAAGCUCCAUGAUUGGGAAAAUGGAUCCUCUAGUGCAAGAUCAUCUGGCUAAGGAGGAUCCAGUUAUGGGGUUAAUGAAUAGCAAGGAAGACAUGAAGGAAGGGAUUGUAGAGAGUAGAAUGAUGGUGGAUAUUGUAGACUACCCUGGAACAAGACCAAAUCCAGCCCAUGAUCCAAAAUCUCCUGGAAAGCCUUAACUUAAUGUAUUGUAUAAUAUGAUCUUGGAAAUCAGGGUUUUGGCUAGUUAUUUAGUUACACCAGAAGUGUCUAGAUGAUAUGGUUUGGGUUUGCCAUGGUUUGAAAUGUUGAAAAUGUGUGUCUGUAUGAAAAAGCUCUAAUCUAAGAUGUAUCCUAGUUAAGUUGUUAGUUUAGCUUAAGUGCUUUGGUAUUCUACAUGUAUGAGUCAUAAAGAGGUACUGAUUGAUGAUGAUAAUAGACCUUGAUUUCCCUUAUUAAUGUGAACAAGCUGGAUAUUAUGCUUAA